CAAACCCCCUCUCUCCAUUCCUUACUCACGCCAAUUUUAUACUGUCAUAGAUAUGGCUGCCCACUCCUUCGUUUUCUAUUCCCUUUUCAUCUAAUCGUCACCAUCGAGUCUGUCUACACAUCAUUGCUACGAUACAGCAAUCACAAUGGGUACGGCUGUCAAGGCAAAGGCCGGAGGAGCCGUGCGAGUUGUCUUGACCCGCACCCACCAGCGGCCUUCUUCUCGGGAAUCCUACCCGCCUGCUCAGCCUCCCCAUCAUUAUCAGGCACCAAAGAGAUCCUACGUGUCUUAUGAGCGCAGCGGCUGCUCGAUGCAGCCAGGCUCGCACACUCUUUACGAUUUCACCUCUCGAUCUUCUCCUUAUCGUCGUCAGAUGCUGCCAUUGACGAUUGAACAAUCCCUCCAAAUGCUGUCCCGCCGCAGCCUUCUCAGUCUCCGCUUCAGCGCUGGCCGCUGUGUUCGUGGCAAUCGCAAAUAUUCCACGGAAGUGAACAAUCAUUCGACCUCUUCUUCUCCUUCUUCUGCGUCCUCUCUUCCUCCUGGCAUGGGAACCAAGCCGUUUACCGCGCCGCCGCCAUUCUCUCAUGAAAACCACCCUGCUGCAACGACGCCAUCCGGCUCUGGUACAUCUUCCGGCAACAGCACAGUGUCGAUCAACGCUGCUGGUCCCCCGCCACCUCCGCCUGCGCCACGAACUACGACGGCUUCAAUCGUGCCAGAACCUGCACCAAAACUCCCUCCAGCAAAGCGGAAGACCAUUGUUCGUCGAUUAGUCGCCGAGCCGUUUGGGUCGUUUCACAAGGGCUACUCUGCAGCCAACCACCGGCGGCCAUACAUUACACAACUGUGCACCGCCAUUGUCACCUACUUUCUUGGAGACCUCGCCGCGCAGUCAAUUGAGUACUAUUACCUACCCAGAGAGAUCACGGGUGCAGGUGCCGCCGCCGCAGCCACCGAGGGUGCAAAGGCCGAUGGACAAUCUGACAAACAAUCCUUUUACGAUCCCGCACGGGCACUGCGAGCCAUGGUGACGGGUGCCAUUACCGCUAUUCCGCUUUACCACUGGUACAUUUAUCUCGGGCGAAACUUUAACCACCGAACGAGCUUCAAGAUUUCCAUUGCCUACAAGAUUCUCGUCAGCCAGCUUGUCUUUACGCCCUUUUUCAACGCCUACUUUUUCGGCAUGCAGUCCCUCUUAUCGCAUGUCUUUCGUUCGCCUCAUUAUUACCAACAUCACCACCAUCAUGCGGCCGCUGCAAGCGGCGGUGCAGCCGGCAGUAGUGGUAAUGGCAGCGGCAGCGGGAGUGGUAACAACGGUUUCGGAAGCCUAGGCGCCAAAUUCUCCGAAGCAUGGACACACAUCAAAAACACCGUCCCGACAAGUUUCGUCAAUAGUCAAAAGUUUUGGCCGCUCGUUACGGCAAUCAAUUACACUUUUCUCGAUCCCCAUCUGCGCCCCCUCUUUGCCAACACCAUGGCUAUCGGCUGGCAGGCGUACCUGUGCUUGCUGAACCAGCGAGCCACGCUGGUCGAGGAGCGAGAAGAGGAAUUGGAGGAGAAGACUGCCAAGGAUACCGAGCCCCAUGGCCUAGCUGCCGUGCACUGGAUGCAUGCCAAGCAGAAGGAUGCGACUGCGGCGUAGUCCGUUAUAUCUCAGUCUUCUGUUUACCCGGUCAUUCUAUUGAUAUCUCGGCGGUCUUUCAUUCUGUCUAUCCAUUAUAUCUCGGUUUUCUGUCUACCCGGUUAUUCUAUUGACAUCCCGGCUUUUCGGUUUAUCCAGUCUGGUCAUUGAUAUCUCCCUUAUUCUACCCAUUCCUCGUAUACUCAUAUGACCAAGGUAUGGUCAGAUUCGAUCAGCAGGAGAAUACAGAGACGGACGGACCACAAAAAGAGCAAAAGUUUUUGAAUUUUCAUAUUCAACAGAUACAUUUACACAUACACAUACACGUACAGGUCUAUACCUUAUAAAUAGAUGUAUAGAUGUUAGAUUCUGUAGACUUCACAAAGGUUCUACGGAAAUUAGAUACCCAAUA